CCCCGAUCACCUUAAUAUCCCCCUCCCCCCGCUUGCAAUCCCUUCUUUCGAUCCCCCUUCGCUAUCGAUCUGGGGCUUGAGAUCCCUCCGAUUAUCUGAGGUUGCGCUUUAAUUCCUGUUUGGCCCCGGUCCAAUUGUCGAGGUCCUCAGCUUCCUCUUUCAUUCGAACGAUAUCUCCUUGCGCCACCCCUCCCUUCUCCAGGAAAUAUUCGUCGUGUUCGCGUGCGAGCGGGUCGGAUCGUAGCCUGAGUGAGGACUUGGACCGGCCAUAUCCUUGCCUCUCGACUUGUUCCUUCAUUCUCAACCUUACAAUCACACAUUACUUUCGCCAUGGAGGGUCAAGGUGAAAACGAUGAGCUUUACCCUAUCGCCGUCCUUAUUGAUGAGCUGAAGCAUGACGAUGUCCUCCUCCGCCUCAAUGCCAUCCACCGUCUUUCCACCAUCGCCUUGGCUCUAGGGCCCGAGAGAACCCGAGAGGAACUGAUCCCUUUCCUUGAUGAUUCCGUUGAGGAUGAGGACGAGGUCCUGACUGCACUGAGCGAGGAGCUGGGAAACUUCAUAGAAUAUGUCGGUGGUCCGGAGUAUGGGCAUGUCCUCCUCUCUCCGCUUGAGAACCUGGCCGCUAUCGAAGAGCCCUUGGUCAGAGAGAAGGCCGUGGAGUCUCUCAACAAGAUCGGUGGGGAGCUGUCCGAAAAGCAGAUCGAAGAAUACUUCAUUCCGAUGGUUCUACGCCUCUCGAAGGCCGACUGGUUCACCUCGAAGGUCUCCGCGACCGGUCUUUACUGUGUGCCUUACAGGAAGGCUUCUCAGCCGUUACAGCAGACCCUCCGGCAAUAUUAUGGAGGACUCGUGCAUGACGAUACACCGAUGGUGAGGAGACAGUCGGGAAACAACUUGGCGAAGUUCAUCAAAGAAUUGAAUACUCCGAUCGUUAUUGACGAAAUGAUACCCCUGUUCCAACACCUUGCCACCGACGAGCAGGACAGCGUGCGUCUGCUUACUGUGGACGUUCUCAUCUCGAUCGCGGAGGAGAUCCCUAAGGAGCAACAGCCUAGCCAUGGUGUCCUCUUGACCUCCCUGCGGAACUUGUUCGAGGAUAAGAGCUGGAGGGUCCGGUAUAUGGUUGCUGACAGAUACGAGAAGAUCGCCAAAGCUGUACACGAAGAGGUUGUGACCCGUGACAUGGUCCCCUCAUUUGUCAAGCUUCUGAAAGACACUGAAGCUGAAGUCCGGACUGCCAUUGCUGGCCAGAUCCCUGGCUUCUGCAGUUUGAUUGACCGGGACACAUUGCUUAAUGAGAUCAUGACCAGUGUGGAGGACCUGGUUUCGGAUCCGUCGCAACAUGUGCGCGCAUCUCUGGGCACUCAGAUCAGCGGCCUUGCGCCCCUUCUCGGAAAGGAUGAGACUAUUGCACACCUUCUCCCCAUGUUCUUGCAAAUGCUCAAGGACGAGUUCCCGGAUGUUCGCCUGCAUAUCAUUUCUAAGCUGGAAUUGGUGAACAAAGUCAUCGGCAUUGAUCUCCUUUCCCAAUCGCUUCUCCCGGCUAUCGUCCAGCUGGCUGAAGACAAGCAAUGGCGGGUUCGCCUCGCGAUCAUCGAAUAUAUCCCCCUCCUUGCAAGCCAACUGGGUGUCCAGUUCUUCGAUGAGCAACUCAGCGAUCUCUGCAUGGGAUGGCUCGGUGAUACCGUUUUCUCCAUCAGAGAAGCUGCUACCCUGAACCUAAGGAAGCUGACCGAAGUCUUUGGCGUCGACUGGGCCAAGGGCUCCAUCAUCCCCAAGGUGAUGGCCAUGGGCCAACAUCCCAACUACUUGUACAGAAUGACAACGUGCUUUGCCAUUUCCACCCUCGCCCCUGUUGUCUCGAUGGACAUCAUUGAGAACUCAAUCCUGCCCAUCUUGGAUAGACUUAUCUCCGACGAAAUCCCCAACAUCCGGUUCAACGUUGCCAAGUCUUAUGCCGUGCUGAUCGACACCCUGCGUCGCCUCCCCGCGGAGGGCACCCUGACAGAGCUGGAGAAGGCGGGUAAAACCGCCACCCCGUCGCCGCGGGGCCAAGAGCUCAUCCAGCAGAGAGUGAUCCCCAGCCUGGAGAAGCUGCAAGAAGAUGAGGAUGUCGACGUCCGGUACUUCGCAACGACUGCCGCAGGCGGCCACGAGGAAGUCAUGCAGACUUCACCGUAGGCUACUUCCCCGACCCGGCGUAGGCCAGCACCUGCACGUCAUCGCGAGACACCUUCGGUGUGAGUGGGAAUAAUAACACGGCACUCGCACGAAUUUGGGUGGAUUUCCAGUUUUGUCGAACUUAGAAAUAGUCAGAGCGUCUGACUGGUACGAAAUGCUCAUGGCGUUCUACAUGUAGAGUCUUUUGGUCCACGAUCCAUAAUCCUGCGAAAAAAUCAGAUCAUGC